AAGCUGCCAGGAUGUAAAGGUCUGCCUGAGAAAGAUGGCUUCUGCUGCUUGGGGGAAUGACCCAGCUCAGGGAUCCUGGUGGGUGUCUUCUCAGCUCUCUCCCCAGAGCCACCAACUCCAGACUCUCCUCACGCAGUUCUAGUUAACUCUGCCCUCCCUCUGCUGGGCCCAAGCCUGAAGAUGCUAACCAAGAUUGAACCCACAGCCUGGGUAUGUGCCCUGACUGGGAAUUUAAUCCGAGACCCUCCAGUGCGUGGGAUGACACACCAACUAACUGAGCCACAUCAGCAUGGGCAACGUUUCCUCUUUCUUGUAAACUCAGGAGCAUCUGUUGGCUGCCUGCAGCCCAUGAGGAAAGGAUUAAGAUGGCCUCCAAGCGCAUCACCCAGGAGACCUUUGAUGCAGCUGUUCAUGAGAACAUCAAGGAGUUCGAGAUGGGGCCAGAGGAGGCAGUGAAAGAGGCUGUGGAGCAGUUUGAAUCACAAGGGGUCGAAUUGAGCAACAUUAUAAAGAUGGCACCAAAAGUCUCUGCAGAUGGACUCCAGGAGCCCACACACAACAUCCUGCAGAUCCUGGAAGACCUGCAGGAGUCUGUAGCCUGCUAUCACCCCCAGGAGGUGUCAGCGCAACUUGCCCGCUUUUGUGAGCAAUGCAAGCAGCACAAGGCCUGCCGCUUUCUGGCAGCUCAAAAGGGCGCCUACCCCAUUCUCUUCACUGCCUGGAAGCUGGCUGUAGCGUGUGACAAGGGACUCCUGCUCCAGGCCUUCAACGCCCUGUCAGCACUGAUUGAUGGCCAACCCGACCUCCUAGACACUGAGGGCCUGAAGCUGCUGGUGGCCACUCUGGCCCAGAAUGCCGAUACAGCUGAUCUGAUUUGCUCUGGGAUCCGCUGCAUACGCCAUGCCUGCCUGAAACAUGAGCAGAAUCGGCAGAGUCUGGUGAAGGCUGGUGUGCUGCCCCUAUUAACUGCUGCCAUUGCCCAGCAUAACCACUGUGCUGACAUGGUCAGGGAGGCUUGUUGGGCCCUCCGUAUCAUGACUUUUGAUGACGACAUUCGUGUGCCCUUUGGCCAUGCCCACAACCAUGCCAAGAUGAUUGUGCAGGAGAACAGAGGUUUGAAGGUGAUCAUCGAGGCUGCCAAAGCAUUCCCUGACAACCCCAGUGUCCUGAGUGAGCUCUGCAGCACUUUGUCCCGUCUGGCCGUUCGCAACGAGUUCUGCCAGGAGGUUGUAGACCUUGGGGGCCUUGGAGUCUUGGUGGCCCUGUUGGCCAACUGCAGCGACCACCAGGACCUUGUGAAGCAGGUUCUAAGCGCCCUGCGGGCCAUUGCAGGCAAUGAUGAUGUGAAGGAUGCCAUUGUCCGUGCAGGUGGGAUAGAGUCCAUUGUGGCUGCCAUGACCCAGCACCUGGCCAGCCCCCAGGUAUGUGAGCAGAGCUGUGCAGCCCUGUGCGUCCUGGCCCUGCGCAAGCCAGAAAACAGCCGAGUUAUUGUGGAGGGCGGUGGGGCUUUGGCUGCACUGGAGGCGAUGAAGGCACACCCGAAGGAGGCCAGUGUGCAGAAACAGGCCUGCAUGCUGAUUCGAAACCUAGUGGCCCGCAGCCAGGCCUUCUCACAGCUCAUCCUGGACCUGGGGGCCGAAGCACUCAUUGUGCAGGCCCGUGUUGCCCAUCGAGACUGCGAAGAUGUGGCCAAGGCAGCCCUGCGAGACCUGGGGUGCCGUGUAGAGCUUCGAGAACUAUGGACUGGACAGAAGGGCAACCUGGCACCAUGACCCAGCUUCAGUCUAGGCUGUGACUCUGGGCAAGUCAUGUGACUCAGUAAAUGUGGAGAUCCAUGUCCUGCCACUCUGCCCAUCCCCCGCCCCAAGAUUCCUCCCCCCAACUCAGUAAGAGGCGUUUUUCUGGUAGGUGCCAGGUACAACCUGAGGGGUGGGAAGGGAGCACUGGUAAGGCAUCUAUACUGGGUCCUGUGCUCCUAUCACCAGCCAACAGCGUUGGUACGGCCCCUCUUGCCUAGCCCCGCCAGCCCUUUCCUACCAGAAGGGCCUUCUCAGCAUUUCUUGGAGUGAAGGGCUACCUGAAAUUUGGCAGCUACUGGUCAGUCUCAGAAUGGGGCAGGUGUCCUGCUCCUGCCUCUUCAAGUCCAUUGUUGUCUUGCUCCUGUUUUUCUGAACUGUAAAUGGGUCAAAGAUAUGUUGCUCUCCUGGCCAGAGGGCAGGGACUGAGGCUGGUCCGUAUCCAGGGCCCCAGGCCAGCCAUUGCUUCCUCGUAAUAAAAGACCAUUGCUUGCCCUGGCCAGUGUGGCUCAAUUGGAUGAGCGUUGUCCCAUGCACCAAAAGGUCAGUGGUUCGAUUCUCAAUUCCCAACUGGGGUUGCAGGCUUGAUCCCCAGUAGGGGCAUGCAAGAGGCAGCUGGUCCAUGUUUCUUUC